CACAACCACAACAGGGGAAGAAGAAAAAUGUACCUCGAAACUCCCCUCUCCUCCCGCCCUUCCACCCCCCCUCCUCCUCCCCGCUCUCCCUCCCCACCCAGCGAAAGCCCCGACAUAGUCCGCCUCCACCACACCCACCACACACACGGGUACCUCGCAGGCAUCACCUACGGAAAAACGUUGCAUCUCCAAUCCGGCUUCGACGAAGGCUAUGCACUGGGCGGCCGAUUCGGUUUGAAGAUCGGGUGGGUGUUGGGUGCUUUACAGGGUCUCUCGCACAUCGCCCCGGCGAUGGCGCGGGGGGAGUUUGAGAGGGCGAAGCGGGAGUUGGUCUUUGACGGGGUGUUCACGGAGGAGUAUUUCGCGCGGGGAGGUGUUUGGUUGUAUGCGAUUGCGGAGCAGGGGGAGGAGGGGGAAGGGGAGGUUACAUUAGAUAGGGUGGUAGAGAUGCACCCCCUUGUGAAGAGGUGGGUGUGCAGGGUGGAGGAAUUGGCGAGGGGGAUUGGUGUUGGUGUUGAAGAGUUGGAGUUGGAGCGGGGAGUGGGCCGGGAGGUGGAGGAAGGGAAGGGAGAGGAGGAUGGGAGUGAAGUUGGAGCGGAAGCCGAGGCACAGAUCUGA